UUGACUCCUAGACAAUAUCUGAGUCUCUUAAACCCUUAUACACACACAUACAUACAUCUCUCUCUCUAUCUCUCUCUCUCUCUCAUAUUCAUAUGGCUAACGCUCGGCAGGAUCAAAACAAUGGUCAACGCAUCUCUCCGGGACUGCAAUCCUCCGGUCAUGAUUUAGAGCAAGCGUUGUCGUCGCUCAGUCUUUAUCCGGCGCCGGCGCCGACUUUUUCGCCGGUGAACGGUGAAGGUUACUUUCCAUAUGGGCGUCGGCAAGUUGCUAAUAAUCUGAGUGAUAUAAGCUUGCAGAAUUUGAGGUUUCAGCUUGGUCAGAUGGGCUCUGGUGUGGGCCCACGAAAUCCAGUUGUGGGCCCGGAUGUUUUUCCGAUGUAUGGUCCACCGGCGCCGCCGCCGCCGGCGACCCUCUUCAACAACUACCCGAAUUAUCCAUCUGGGAUGUUGUAUAGUAAUGAAUUGAUUAAUGCUCAGUAUUCAAGAUUGUUGUAUGAUGUUAAUAACUUGAAUCGCAAGAAACAGAUGGAUUUGUACCGAGUGCAUAAUGCUCAGAUUGCUCAGCCUCCGGUGUUUCAGAACGGCGGUGGCGCUGGUAGCAAUGCGCAUCGUAGGCCGAAUAAUCGGUUGGUCCAGCAGUUUGAUCUCCUGACUUUGAGAGACAUGAAAGGUGGAAUUGUAGGGUAUGCUAUGGAUCAGCAUUGGUGCAGGGUUUUGCAGGCUAAAUUUGUUGAUCCAAGUCAAGAAGAUAUCGAGAUGGUGUUAUCCGAAGUAGUUGAUUGCAUCGAUGAGCUGAUGAAAAAUCCUUUCGGGAACUAUCUUGUGCAGAAUCUCAUUGCUGUUUGUAAUGAGGAGCAAAGGAAUAGGAUCAUCUUGUCUGUCACCAAGAAUACUUUUCAGCUUGUUAACAUCUGUUGUAAUCCACACGGGACUAGAGUGGUUCAGAAACUAAUGGAGAACCUGAGUUCCCCUCGCCAAGUUUCAGUGUUGAUGGCUGUUAUAAGCUCUGGUGCAGCGAUCUUGGCCAUUGACCAGAAUGGGCAUCAUGUUGUUCAAUACUGCUUAACUCAUUUCUCUUCUGAAGACAACAUGCUUCUUAUCAAUAACCUAGCAGACAACUGUUAUAAGGUUGCCAUAGACAGAAGUGGCUGCUGUGUUCUACAGAUAUGUAUGGAGAAAUCCAAGGGGCAGCCUAGACAACGUCUAGUUUCUGAGAUAGUGGCUAAUGCAGUUCAUCUCUCAAGGGAUCCUUAUGGGAACUAUGUGCUACAACAUAUGCUGGGACUAAAGGAACCUGAUAUCACAGCAAAUCUGCUGAAACAACUUGAAGGAGAAUUUAUGCCCAUCGCCUGCAACAAAUAUGGGAGUAAUGUAGUGGAGAAAUUUCUUGAAUCAGGGGAAGAGAUUUCAUCGCGAAUCAUAAUGGAGCUAGUUGGAGAUUCCAAUGCGGCCAUGAUUCUACUGGACCCCUUUGGAAACUAUGUUAUCCAGUCUGCAUUAGCUGUUGCCAAGGGAGUUGCACGGAAUGCACUGCUUCAGUUAAUUCAAGAAAACUCUUCUUCCAUGCGCAGCAAUCUGUAUGGCAGGAAGAUAAUUGCAUGUCUGGAGAAGGCAAAGAAUAACGCGAUGUGGACGUUGAACUGUUGAAGGAGUCUCCAGAUGAGUUGUGCUGUUGAAAAAUCUGAAAUAACUUUGAUGUUGUUCUGUUGUUUUUACAUGGUCAAGUAGCGAAACUUUGGUGUGUAGUUGUUGAAAUAGGUGCCUUGUAUUAGUAUCGUAAAAUGUCUGUUGUCUGUUUACAUCAUGGGUGCUUAUACUCAAAAGACAGCAAAUGGGAAGAUAGGACAUAAAAACACAGGAGGGCUCUUGAAAUUUCAUGUUUUAUCAUACAAAUUUGUCUUUGGGCAAAGAUGAUAGUUAAGGGUUGAUGAAUUUCCGUUA